ACUGAGCACUGAAGCAGUCACCCGGCGAAAAUAGCCCCCGGAAUAUUCCAUGGACGACUUUAUAUCCGACAAAGUUUAUUAAUAGUGUGUGUGGCAAAAUAGAUUUAAAUAAUAGCUGAUCUUCAAACUAUGGCUUCACAAUAAUCAAAAUUAACUAAAGACAUUGAUAAUUAAAGAUUUACUAGUGUUUAAUAGUGUUUCAUUAUUGACAUCAGUGUGGCAGUUGUGUGGCAACAGGAGAUCAUAUUCUACCCGCUAUUUAUACCCGGAGAUAGUCCCCUUGUGGUAUGGAUAUUUAGGGUAUUGAAGGGAUAAAACUGUAUAAAAGUGGAUAUUAUAUAGGUGUAUUUUCUGGCGGGAAGAGAUUUGAUUUGUUUGUUGUGAUGGAAAAUGGAAGGCAAUGUUGUUUCUUCAAGUUCCACAGCAUUUCAAACGAGUGGUAAACACAAGUUAAACUGUGAUCGAUGGAACGAUGAUCUGUGUUCAAACAUUACCUACACUAAACCUUGGUAUCGAGCAGAAAUCAGGAAACUAGAGGCUGAAAUAUCCAAGUUGGAAGCAAAUUUAAAGGAAGACAAACAGUCAUUUUCCACAGUUCAUUUGAACGACAUUCUUGCUAAAUUAAUAAAUAAACUUUCAAAGGAUAAACAGGCGUCACUCGAAGGACUUGAUAUUAAAGGGAAACUGAAUGAAGAUGGAGAAUUAGACACUAAACGUUUGGAAAGGUUUACAGGAUUGUGUAUUCAUGAUAUUUCUUUGACAGUUGAACAAGAAGAGGGGGAUAUAUGUAUUAGAAAACAUCAUGUGCAUGGCAGUUGUCGUGGUAUUGAAUUUGAAAUUACAUUCUUGGUGGAGGAAAAUACCAAUCAAGAUGAUAGACAUGACACUUUACCAGGUAUUAAAACAUGCUUAUAGAGAGCUACUCUAGUAUGAUGUACUGUAAACAAGGGGGAAUUUCGUUCUCGACCAAUCAGCGCUUUUGUUUACAUUUUUGCCCUAAGCCAAUCAGAAUGCGUAAAACGCUUCAUCACAUGAAAUUUGUAAACAAACAUAUGGGGUUACUUCAGAGCUUUUCUGCAAGCGGUUUUUGGUUUUUUGCCAUGAAAUUCAUAUAUGUUGUUCUUAAAAGAAUUCUCCUCAACUUCCUCGUGGCGAUUUUUGAUCAAUUGCGUGAUUGCGAAGAUAUGGGUCUUCAAACUUUGCCUUGCGCAAGCUUAAAUACCACCCCUCGAAUCUGUAGGUUCCAAACGGAUUAGCGUUUUUAAAAGCCUUUCAAAUCGAGGUUUGAGAGGUUUGUUUUUUAAAAGAUACUUUUAUCUUCAUAUUUUGACAUUUAACUUAUUAAUAUCCUGUGUAACAAGUAAACAGGACACUUCCGGGCCGGGACAAGUUGACAUGUCGAAUUAUUGCUAAACAGCGUGGCGAUCAAUAUGGCGAAUAUCUAAUACAGGGAAUUUUUAAAACUUGUUGGUAUAAAUGAGCUAAAGAAACUCAUCAAAUAUUUGGACUAUGGACCUUCAAACUUAUGCCAGGUAUUUAUUUGAUUGAUUAGCUCAAUAACUGUUUCUUGGCUCGUUUUUCGUCGAUUUCCACAUUUUGUUGACUUCAGGAUAAUGUGUCAACAUUGCGUGUUGCAGCCUGUGGACAUGAAUAUUUUAAUUUGUUUCACAAUAACACUUGUCUUCAUUGGUUUUAAUCCUUGAUUGACAAUAUAUUCAUUGGCCUCAGAGUCCUAUAAACUUAAGGAAGAUGGAUGACAUUGGGACAGAAUGAUUUUGUUCAAUGUUGCUGCAUGUUCAGGUAUCAAAAUUUAUGGACAUAUAUGAACUUCAUUGUUUUUACUUCAUCUGUCUCACUAGUCAAUUGGGCCCUGUUCAUAUUACCUGGCUAGAUGGCCUAAGGUGGGAGACGACAUUGGCCAGUAUAUCCUAUCCUGCUACUAUCGGCCUGGCUAAGUGUGAGGUUUCCAUUGCCAGAAUCCUGGCUAUAUGUAAGCCAAGAAAUUCACCAUAUACAAUAAACACUGUAUCCCAAACAGGCAACAUGAUAGGCUUCAAGCAUGUGUUCUGGAUAGCCUAGAUCAUAUAAACAGGUCCCCAAUAGAUCCCGAGACUAUAAUUGAAACAUUUUAGUCCAUAAAUUUGUGCAUUACCAGAAUACCUGUGCACAAAUGAAUAUUUUACACCUAUUAUAUAAUAAUGCAAUCCAAUAUUAAGCCCCCAGUAACCUCACAAAUAGGCCUCCCUUCCAAAAAUCAGAUCUCCCUUCCAAAAAUAAGCUCUCCCUGUUAAGGGCUGUCAAAAUGGGCCAUGCUAGCCCAGCAAACAUGGCUGGAUUUUCUUUUCAGGACUAGUUUGUCAUUUGCCUCACAGGAGCCAGGCUAACCUGGCAACUAUUGUCAAGAAAUUUUUGUGAAAUGCUGGUUAAUUUGUUAAUGACAACAGCUUCAGAAGGCUUAUAUUAAUCAAUUUUUUACUUAGGGACCGUUCAUUAAUUAAGGACCAGGGGGGGGCUGGAGGAAAAUUAGGGGGGUUGCCAAAACAUUUUAUGGUUAGAAGGGGGGGCCUUUAAAGUGUUUUCAGCAUGAAAGGGGGGUGGCAAGGGUUGCCAAAAUUAUUUGUGGUAAUUAUUAAUAUUUUAGGUUGACCAGUUUCAAAUAUUAAGCCUUCACAACCAAAACCAUUUGAUGAAAUGGUUUGCAAUUUUAACAGUUUUAAAGCUUUUGUUAUGUUUGUGGUGAAGAAAUUGGAAGCGUUGCUUUAGACUAUGCUUUUGCCAAUGUGACAACAUUUUUGGGAAAAAUUUGUACGACUUGGUGAAAAUAAAUAGGGGGGCUGUGAAAAAAAAUGUCGGUUAGAAGGAGGGGCAUGAAAAAAUUAACACCUUAAUGGGGGGGGGGGGUCAUGGAAAACUUGCACCGUUUCUGCUCUUUUUCCUCCAGCCCACCCUGACGUAUAAUUAAUGAACGGUCCCUUACUUGGGCCAAAUUGUGUAUUAUAACAUGAUUUUUAGUCGAGUCAGCUGGUUUGCCAGCUUACGACCUUUAUUAGUGUGAGACUCCCAAUGCAGGAUAUCAACUUGCUCAAGCAGAUGCUGGGCCAAUAAAUUCAACCAGGCUGUGUCAUGUGAAUGCAAUCUCAAACAUAUAUAAAAUUAAUAUACGAGGCAGUAUCUUACCAUGGGCAGGUGUAUGAUUUAGCCCAUAUAAAUGGGCAAGACCAGCUUGCCCAGUGUGAUAUUAUACUACUGACAAUACCUGGUUGAUUCUACAAGAUUAUGGCCUAAAAUGUUCCAAUUGUAGUUUCAGGAUCUGCUAAGGGUCUGUUGAUAUGAUCUGGGCUAGGCAGCAUGGGGCAAGUUCAUGUUGCCUGGUUGUGGGAUAGAAUGUUUACUGUAAAUGGUGAAUUUCUUGGCUUGCAUAGUUGCGAUUCUGGCAACAGAUACCUUGUGCUUAGCCAGAUAGUAGCAGGUUAGUAUAUCAGCAAUACUGGCAAAUGUUGUCUCCUGCCUAGCCAGGUCAUAAGAACAGGCCCCAUUUGUGACUAGUGGGCCAGAUUAAGGAAGAAACAAUGAGGGUGCUAUGAGUGACUUAGUCACUGUGACUAUAUAUAUGUCCAUAAAUUUUGAUAUCUGAACAAAAUUUUGAUAUCUGUCCCAAUGUCAUCCAUCUUCCUUAAGUUUAGGACUCUGAGACCAAUGAAUAUAUUGUCAUUCAAGGAUUAAAAACAAUGAAGACAAGUGUUAUGGUCAAACAAACGAAAAUAUUCAUGUUCACAGGCUGCAACACGCAAUGUUGACACAUUAUUCUGAAGUCGACUAAGCUCGACUAAAUGUCGAAAUCGACGAAAAACGAGCCAAAAAACAGUUAUUGAGCUAAUCAAUCAAAUAAAUACUUGGCAUAAGUCCGAAGGUCCAUAAUCCAAAUAUUUGAUGAGUUUCUUUAGCCCAUUUAUACCAACAAAUUUUAAAAAUUCCCUGUAUUUAGAUAUUCGCCAUAUUGAUCGCCACGCUGUUUAGCAAUAAUUCGACAUGUCAACUUGUCCCGGCCCGGAAGUGUCCUGUUUACUUGUUACACAGGAUAUUAAUAAGUUAAUGUGAAAAUAUGAAGAUAAAAGUAUCUUUUAAAAAAUAAAACCUCUCAAACCUCGAUUUGAAAGGCUUUUAAAAACGCUAAUCCGUUCGGAACCUACAGAUUCGAGGGGUGGUAUUUAAGCUUGCGCAAGGCAAAGUUUGAAGACCCAUAUCUUCGCAAUCACGCAAUUGAUCAAAAAUUGCCACGAGGAAGUUGAGGAGAAUUCUUUUAAGAACAACAUAUAUGAAUUUCAUGGCAAAAAAACAAAAAACCGCUUGCAGAAAAGCUCUGAAGUAACCCCAUAUGUUUGUUUACAAAUUUCAUGUGAUGAAGCGUUUUACGCAUUCUGAUUGGCUUAGGGCAAAAAUGUAAACAAAAGCGCUGAUUGGUCGAGAACGAAAUUCCCCCUUGUUUGUACUGUAUGGAUCAAUAUGGAAUGUAAGUGCUGUGGCCAGACAUGUCUGGCACACAACCACCAGUACAACAAUAUAUUUACUGUACUAGUAUUUGGCGCACAUGUCUGCACACACAAAGGUCUCAUGAAUUCGAUACAGGUAUACAAACUGAGAUCCAGGUGAAUGUUGUGAUGUCACAACCAAGUAUUCACCUUGCCAAGUCUCGGCUAGGAGAGAUGAAUAUUUUGUUCAGGAUUCUAAAAUUGAUUACAUUUACCUAGUAUUUAAAAUGCAGCAAAUUUAUGCUGAGUAACUUGGCUCCAUAUAAAGGUACGUUUACAUGCUGCAAUUAAUUGGGCCGAUUUCAGGUUUUGCCGAAUGUUAAUGACGAAUGUUGUCAGUUGACGAUGUUGUCAGAUGACAAUGACAGCAUAUUUUUCAAAGUAUAAUUUAAUUAAAGCUGAAUUUCGCAGUGUGUAAAUGUACCUUAAAAUGCUCUCUAGACACGUCCCAGUCUCGUCAUCCUCGAGAGGUUGACGGCUUUGUAUUUUUAUAUCUUCGGUUCAGUGCAUGCUAUGAAGACAGAAAUACCACCAUUCAAUUCAGAUAUAAAAGAUCAACUAAUUCCUCACAAUAGUUAUAGUCAUUAUCAACAUUGUAGCGAUUUAUGGGCCUUUGAAAGUCAAACGAGAUCGUAUGCUAUCAAAUUACACAAUUGUCUGAACAAAAAUAUAGACUAGCUAUACCUUUCGCCCAGGCCCGUAGCUGGGGGGGGGCCUGGGGGGGCAAUGCCCCCUCACUCAGUGUGGCAGUGCCCCCCAGUGCCCCCCCACUCGGAAAUCGGGCAUGAAAAAUAGAGAUAAAGGGCCUGGGAACCAAUUGUAAUAAUGGAAAAAAUUCUGUAAAUUUUGUGGGAAAUUUAGUAAUUUUAUAAAAAUUUAGUUAGGUUUCGGAAAAAUUUGAGCAUGUGCGGAAAAAUUGGUAUGUCCGGAAAAUUUUUUUGACCCCUAAAAUGGUACACUGACCGAAAUUUUUUUGGCGACGGGGGGGGGGGUCAAAAUAAAUUCCGGAGAAGCAUUUUUUUCGUCGGUAACAUUUUUUCUGCAGUGAGUGCCCCCCCCCCCCAGAAAUUGAGACCCAGCUACGGGCUUGCUUUCGCCAAAAAUAACUUCGGCCCCUCUGAACAUAUCGUCUUUGUAAUUAGGGUUGGGCGAUAUUAAAAAAAUUAUCUCACAAUUAUUGUGAGGGAAAUUAUCACGACAUUUGAUAAUAUUGCGAUAAAAGCAAUUAAUAUCAAAGCAUAGUAAGCUUAUAUAUAAUCUUAUUAAAAACAAGUAAAACAACAAAUUAAAGUAAUACGAAGGCUUUUUCUAGUCUAAUAUUUACUGGUCAUAAACAAGAACUGUCUAUGCAGUGUCAUGUCUCCACCGGCACAAAUGCUGUGGGCACACAGUGCAAGAAAAGCCUGCAAUUUCAUUGUUCAGCGUGGAUUGAUACAUAAAUAUUAGCUUUUGUAUCGUAAUAAAUUCGUAUUUGAUUCAGGAAAUAGUUUGAAUUCUUUUAAAAACUAUAUUUUCUAGGAAAUUAUUGAAAGAAUUUUUUAGGAUUUUAUAAAAGUGAAGCAAUAUCACGAUAGUCAUCGAGCAUGACGAUAAUUUCGAUAUAUCGUCGCUCAAGUUUCUACCUUCGAUACGAUAAUCGCGAUUGAAAAUAUCGCGAUAAAUCGAAAUAUCGCCGAAUAUACCGAAUAGAUUGCUUGUAUGUCCUGCCUUGGCCAUUAACUUGGCUGUUGUGGUUCAAAAGAAAUGUGAUGGCAAAGUGUUUGCAGGAAUUGCUAAAAUAUUUUUGAGCCAGAGCUUGGACUCAGUAACAAGAAUUUUUCUAAAAAAUGAUUAAGUAGUUAUGCCAUCAAUAGACUUUGCUGUUUAUUGCGCUGUUGCCUCAUUAGCUUGUUUUCAUUUUUGCCUGUUUUACCAAGGCAGAGAGUAUAUAUCUUAUGUUGAAUUGUUUUGAAAGUUGUAGAAAAUAAAUUGUUUUUCAGAAGCUUUCAUGAAAUUUGAUGCCCUUUUUCUAUUUUUGGCUAUCAAAUCCACGAAAAUUAAGUCUCUCCAAAUAUUGCCACGAAAUUAAGUAUGAAUAAGGUAUGUUUCUCCAUUGUUAACUGUGGUUUCUCUUUGAAAAUCUUAAGUGCAAUCACACUAGACUUAAGCCUGCUUUGCACACUGAAAUACUAUGCAAUCACGUGCCUAUUCUUAAACCUAUUCUGCUUGAAAAAUGAGGAAAUAACCACAUGAAAAUGGGGCAUAAGUGCAAUUAACAGACAUGUAGUUUCUCUAUUGUUGGAAUUCUUCCAUCCCCUUUAAUUGUUACCGUGGCAACUAUGAUGGCAAUGUCAAUACUGUUAUUUGCAGCACAAGAAUAAGAAGAUACAGCAGAAGUGUAACUCAAGCAGUGUGACCAGGUUUUUUCAGGGGUAAUUACCACAUCCGGCUGCAUAAAAUUACUACAUUGGGUCAAAAAUUACCACGGUACCAUAUUUUCCCCAAAAAUGUUGGCGAGGGGGGGGAGGGCAAAAAUUUUUCCAGACAACAAAAUUUUUGGGACAACCACCAGUUAAAUUAAGGUUCAAAUUUUAAAUUAAAGACCAGUUAAAUUAAGGUUUUUUACCCAAAAUCUGUAAAAUUUAGGUCUGGAAACUUUAGGUCUGGAAAAAGUACCAAAAUAGCUGACUUAAUUGACUUUUUAGCAAUUUUCAGCUUAAUAACCACAAUUCCAAAAAUUACCGUAGUAAUUACCACAAAUUUCCAAUUACCACAAUCGUCCAAAAAUGACGAAAAAUUACCACGGUAGUAAUGAAAUUACCACAUCUGGUCACACUGAACUCAAGUCGGUUCCCUUAUUGUUUUACGUCCACGAAAAUUUUAACUCGCUCACGCCAUCCUGGCUAGUACAACCACAGAGAAGAGAUAUACAGAGAGGAAACACGCGGCAAAUUGUGUCACGCCGAUAUAUUCAGUCUAUUUACUAUAGAAAAUUUAUAUUAAUUCACUAUUUUAUUAAAUUUUGACCAUGCAGAGGAAAAAACUAUACAUAUUAUAGAAGUAUUCAUGUUUUUUUUAUGCAGGAGUUAUAUUUUGUGGCAUUUAUAUCAUUCGCUGCUUUGUUUUUUAUAUAUGAGCAUCUGAAACCUCCAGGCGGUCCAGCCAGUGCUUUUCACGAUUUUAAUAAGGAGUAGAUAGGGGAAAAAACAAACUUUUGCAAAAUAAAAUGUUAUGUUAACACUUUUAAUAAAGGGAAAUCAAUAAAAGUGAUCGCUUACCGUUAUUCUACAAUUUAUUGAACAAAACUUCCAUGAGUAUCUCAUUUUUUAAAAAAAAGCGAUUUUCACCUUUAGAACGGCGUUUUCCCUAUCUUUUGCUAUGAAAUUUUAGCGACGGCACUGGCUGGAAGAUUUUGCGUGGCGCGUGGAACCUGCGUGGAACGCGUGACACAAAAAUUCAGGUCAUCGAGGUGUCUGUUUCCUCUCUGUAUAUCUCUUCUCUGUGGUACAACCGGAAGUUUUUAUCAGGUUUUGGUAGGUACAAAGUGCCGGUUGUACUAGCCAGGAUGGCGUGAUUGAUGAUGAAUCGCUUGUAAAAACGCGGACAAAUUAUACUUGCUUGAGUUACACUUCUGCUAUACCUUCCAAUUCUGUGUUUGCAGUGACUUCACAUAAAAAAUGACACACUUUAAUUAAUGCAUGCUAAUUAUGAAUAGGAACCGAUGUGUGCAGCUCUAGUUACUAUGUAAUUAGGCUAAUUAUAAUUUCAAGUUAUAAUUAAAUUGUUAAUAUUUUAAUUGUUAAUAUUUAAAUUUCAAGUUAUAAUUAAAUUGUGUUUUCUAGAUAAUCAGGAUGGCUAUGGAAACCUGCCUCAAGUCAUUAACCUGGAUGUUAACAUAAAAAAUGGAGAUGCCAGUUUGAAAGACUUUCUUGAAUAUGUCCAGGAGGAAAAACAACUUCAGCAAUUCUUUGUGACUCUGCAGAAUUAUUCAAAAUGGAAGAGAGAUCGCUUAAAGACAUUCAAUCAUUUUCAAGCAGGGUAUCCUGAACUAGUUAGCUACACUCCAUUGCGAGAUGAGACUAUCAUGACAAUUUGUAACCAGCAACAUCCGAAUCUUCGAGUGAACAUUAUUUGGAAGGUCCUCGUGGCAAGAGAGGGCGAAGUUAAUCCUUCGUUUGACCUGCAGCCUUGUAUUCCUACUGAACAACUGGACAACAAAGGCUUUCUGAGAAAAAUGCGAUCAAAAUUUUUAAAUCUGUUGAAAAAUAUAGGAAUUGAGAAAUCAAUAGAAGUAAUUAUACUUUCAAUAGCGAAAUAACGUGAUAUAUAGUAACUAAAGUUAGUGAUUGUGGGCUAUAUUCAGUUUAUGCAUGUACAUAUACUGUAUAAUAAUAUAUAUUUUACAAUCAGGGACCGACAGGGGUUUUUUCAGGGAGUUUUGAGGGCUGUGAAACGGUACCAAAAACUCAAUCUUGAAUUGAGUUUUGAAACUCAAUCUUCUCACCAAUAGUUUCAGCGCAGUAAAAAUGAUGUUGUUUGAGUUAAAUUCGUGACGUGGGGAAAUUAGUUUUCAGUUGGAAGCCCGACAAUUAAGAAUGGCUGGAAUUCAUCUCACAACACAUGAAAAACUACGCAUUCGCCAUCUUUAACCAGUUUAUAGUGUCCCUUAGUGCCCCUACUUUAACACAUUGCGUUUCAACUGUACUUAUUCGGUACAGGUAUCAGCAUCCCCACAGACCCAAGAUCCUGAAAAAGCCCUGAUAAUAUGGACAUGGUUUUAGCAUAUUAUAGUAGAAGUAAUUUUGAAAAUAUUAAUAUGUAAGAAUUAUUUUUAUUGUUUCUGGAUAAAGAACCAUCAUCUUAUCGAUCUCGAUUGGAUCUUCCUCGUAGUGUUGUUUUUGCUUUGUUCGCAAGUUUUAUAUAUCAGGUUGUUCCUUCAGGAUUCCAAUAUUUCCCUCUUCUC